AUGACGCAAAUGCAAACUUGUCGUACUUUGAAAUCUAAACCAAUUGGAUAUAAAAAGAUUAAUUCUGAUGAAGAUUUUAAAACUUGUAAACAAGAACCAAAUCUUGAAAUUAUCACCUUUAAUAAUAAUAAAUCUUCAUGUGAUAAAGAUGCCAAUGAUAAAGAUGAAGAUUUUGGAACUUGUAAACAAGAAUCAAAUUUUGAAAUCGCUAUCAUUAAUAAUAAAUUUUCAUGUGAUGAUAACAAGGAUAAAGAUGAGAAGGAUAGAAAAUAUAAAUUUAAUAAUAUGUUGAUAAAUAAUAAUAAAAAGGAAAAGAAUGGAAGAAAAGAAUGA